GCAGCCCGCCUGACGCGCGCAGGCCGCGUGGUAGAGUUAUCGCUCUAAACCAAGCCCACUUUUUUCAAAUUUCGCGCAUAUGUUUCAAAGUUUAUUCUGCACUUGUUUGUAAGUUAAUCGCGGUACUAAAUUUUCCCUAUAUACGCGCCGUGUCCGGAUCCGCGUGCGUUUCGACAUGGGUUAAGAAGAAGUAGAGGUUCGUUUCAUUGGAAAUGGCGAAGAAUAUGCGCAACCUCCGCGCUGCGCGCGAAUACGUGGACGCCGUGGUGCAGCGCCUUCGCGACGACGUGCUGCUGAAAGAGGUGGGGCAGUGCGAACUGCGCAGCACGAGCGACGGCUCCGACUGGAAGCUGCACGGUGGCACCAUCCGCGGCCUGGGCCGGAUAGGCCACGACGGCAGGCCAUGGCUGAUCGAGGUGCAGCCGCACAGCGAAGGCGACGCCGAGGUGCUGCCACACAGCGAAGGCGACGCCGAGACACCGGCUCCGAAGCGCUUCGACGUGGCCGCCAUGGUGCUGGUGCGCGACUGCGAGUUUGAGGCUUUCUACGACUACGCGAGCGUCAUGCAACAGGUCUCGGGAAAGGUCUCCGGAAAGGUGGAGAUCGUGCGUGUGGACAUGCUCAUUGGCCACCCCAAGGGGCCAGAUGACGUGCCUGAGCUGAAGGUGUUCGACACGAAGGAGUUCACGGGCCUGGCGCUUGCGAAGGUGAGCGUUGGCGUGCUUCACCAGAAGUUCAUCACAGAAGCCACCGCUCAGGCUGUGCGCAGCUGCAUCGAGCAAGCGAUGACGAUACGUGUGGCACCACUGCUCGCCACCGUGCUCAAGGGCAUCGCUUUCCCAGACUUCAACAAAGUGCAGCAUUAGCAAGAUCAAGCGUAGCAUCCAAAAGAGCGUCUAAGGAUUUGUCUAAAUUAUUGGAUAAAAUGGCACUUAUCAGACGACAGUGUGUGCAAGUUCCCGGUUAUGGGCGUGGCCUCCGAGGUCGGACCUCGGGGUGACCUUGUGCGUAUGCAAAGUACUUUGCACGCGCACAAGCACUGUGUACUGUAUUUCUCUAGAA